UUAUUAACUAGUCUUUGUUUGGUCGCGCUGAAGUUGGUUUGUUACAUAGUUUCUCUUCAAAGAAUCUUUACGACAGAUCCUGGUUAAAUAUUCUGCUUCUCUUAACAACCUGUUGUUUCCUCUCAUCAUUUUCAAAAUUUGUACCAUUUAUUCGCAAAAGUCGAUUAUUGAUUUUAUUCAAGAUGGCUGAUUCCAAUGAAUAUUCUGAUCAAUUACUGGAAAUCUCUGAGUUUGCUGAUAAAUUGAUGGCCAUAAAUGGAUCAAAGACUUUCCAUGUUUUAAAAAAGUUAAUUUCAACGCUACCAGCCUUUGAAAAAUUGUUUUGCUGUGACUUGUUAGAAGCAAGAGAAAGCAAAGUUGGAUCGGAUCUAUAUAAACAAACUCUUGAUUCUGUACUCAAUGCAACUCGUCCUGAAUCUAUUCCAAUUAAAAUGGAAAGUGUUAUUGCCUUGUUUGAUGUUGCAGAUAAUUUGACGUUAAACAAUCUAUCAAAGGAUUGUUACUCUUAUUUUCAUGCAAAUUUCACCAUUGAACAUCUUCCAGUUAUUAUUCCUCAAGUGACUAAAACAUCUAAACUGAUCAACUCUGGUGCCUUAAACACAUUCAUCUGUCGCCAUUUCUUAAAGAUUGUCAAGACUUCUAUUUUUCUGAAUUAUCCUGUUGAAACGGUAGAGUACAUCUGCGGUUUAGAUUUGCUGAUAUCUUCUGAAUACCAAGUAUUGGAAGCAAUUAAUGAUUGGGUCAAAGCUAAAGCUGAUGACAGAAAAGAUUAUCGUCUUCGAUUAUUAAGAUGUAUUCGUUGGUGUUAUGCUGGAACUGAUAUCUCCUCUAAAAUAAUGGAACUUCCUUAUAUCGCAACAAUUCAGGAUAUUGAUAAAAUUUUGUGUUCUCCUGGUAAUAGUAAACAUAAGUGCCCUUAUAAUCGCACUGAUCAAUGUUUAUUGAUGUUCAUCCAGAAAAUUGAUGACAUGGUUCUGAGUAUAAGAGUUCUGCAGUCACAAUCUUGGUUACCUGUUGGUAUUUUUAAUUUAGAUGAUGCUAUGUCACUAGAAUUGGUUCAUGGAGAGAACAUAUCAGAUGUUCUAUAUGAUUGUGGAACCAAAGGAGUGCGAAUUGAUUGGGAAGCCAAGAAAUUCCGUUGGCUCAAUUUUGAAAGUGAUGAAUCAUAUUAUCUGCAAAUCAACAAACUGAUUGUCUCCAGUCAGACUGCACCAAGUACCAUUCUCUACUUGGAAGACAAAUGUGGCGGAUAUGCUGAUGAUCCUUUUAUUGAACUUUUUCAUCUUCGCUCUCUCGCUACUUCUAGGCGAAGAAUUCCAGCUCCUGACUCCUCUGAUCCCCAGUCGCUAGUCAAUAGCAAUGAAUUUGAUCAUGUAAAACCACAUGACGGUCGUUUGCUUGGGUACAACCCUGUUCCUGUACAAGACUCCCGGUCGCAAGCUGAUCGAUCAGACAUUAUUCGGGUAUUACCACCACACCUUUUUCCUUUAAUUUAUACAUUGGCUCUUCAAACAUCUGGUCAAUCUGCAAUUCACGACGUCCCAUCAACGAUUCCUUUAGAAAAUGAUGAAAGGUUACCGCUCGAGUCUGAUGGUAAAUUCAUUGUGGUUGGAAAAACUAAAGAUGACAAGUUUUACGCUCUUUUUCCUGUUCGUCAUCAUGAAUGGUUCAAGAUUAAAUAUUAUGUCAAUUAUGAUGAAAGAUCUUUUAUCGCUACAGUUUUAGGGUCCAACAUUUUUAUUUUGACACAGAAACGGCAAUUUAUUCAAUUUAAUUAUGAAAAUAAUUCAUUCAUAAAAACUGCGCCGUUCAAAGAUAACAAACUCAAAUUUAUGGAUUUAAUCAUCACUUCUCGUCAAGACAACGACAAUAAAAUAGUUUUGAUCGAUAAAUCGUGCGGGAAAAUUCACUAUUUCAACAUUGACAGUCAAACCUGGACUGAAACGAGUAACAGCAAUCGCAGGCCGAAUCAAACUAAUCGAAAGGAUUUCAUUAUGACCGCAACCACAGUCUUUUUACCUUUAGAUAAAGUCAAACCUUGCAUCAAACGAAAAUUCAAUUUAUUGGAUUGAUAAUCGCAAUCAUAUAAUCUUAAAAUUUCUCUUGCAUAUGAACUUUACUUUUGUAUUCGUUUGACUGAAAUUUUUAUCAAAUAAAAUUUGCAUUUUAAAAUUGAAA